AGACCAUUACGGUGGCGACGGACACGACGGAGUGCGGUAAGCCGCACGUAGCGGCGGCUGCAGCCUGGCCUGUUGACGCGGGGAUCAGCUGGGAGGCUCCCCGGUUGCCCGUGGAAGGGGCAAGCGUGGAGGGGCGCGAGGAAGCGGCGCCCGCCUUAUUUACCAGCCGGCUGUGUCAGUCGCCCACCAGCCACCGCGUCAACACCAUGGCACAGCUCGCAGCCGGCAGCGAGAGCGAUCGCGAACUGGCGUCCCGGCGCCCCACCAUGGCCACGCUCAACACGCUGGCCAUCAAGGCGCCCGUCGACGUCGACUUCCGCGACAUCACUUACGUCGCCGGCAAGACGACUAUCCUGCAAGGCGUGACGGGGCGGUUCAGCAGCGGUCAGCUGACCGCCAUCAUGGGCUCCUCCGGUGCGGGCAAGAGCUCCCUCAUGGACAUUCUCACUGGCAACAGGUUACGAGGUGUGUCGGGCUCAGUGCUGGUAAACGGCAAGCCACGGAAUCUACAGAGCUUUCGUCGCGUCUCCUGUUACGUCAUGCAGGAGGACAUCCUGCAGCCGAAUCUCAAGCUAAUCGAGGCAAUGAUGGUUGCAGCCAGGCUCAAGCUGGACCCAGACCUGACCGAGCACCAGAGGAGGGCUGUCGUGGAUGAGGUGCUGGCCGCCCUGGGGCUGUCUCAUUGCAGCAGCACCUUCACCGACAAGCUGUCUGGUGGAGAGCGCAAGAGGUUCAGCAUCGCCCAGGAGCUCGUCAACAACCCGUCCGUCAUUUUCAUCGAUGAGCCUACCACAGGUCUGGAUCACCAAGCCAGCUCCCUGUGUGUACGACUACUGAAGGAGUUAGCACAUCAAGGACGCACAAUCAUCUGUUCUAUCCACCAGCCAGGUGCAGCUGUCUUCAAGCAAUUUGACCAGUUGUAUGUUAUGGCUACUGGGCGAUGUGCAUACCAAGGGGCAACAAACAGACUGCUUCCAUUCCUUGAUGCUGUUGGCUUUGAGUGUCCAGUGCAUUAUAAUCCUGCAGAUUAUGUUAUUGAAAUUCUACAUGACAGCUCCAAAGAGACCAUUGAUCAACUAGUCAACAGAGUGAAAAAUGGAAAAUGUUUGAUUACUGACCCAGAAGCAAAAUCAUCAUGUUCUUUCUCCUCUCAAGAGCUGAGCCUUACUGAAAGCCAAGAAGACUGGACGGAAAAUAAACUAAGUACAAAAUGCACUCCAUUUUUUGUGCAGUUUUCAGUAUUGUGGAAGAGAACAACAAUUCAGAUUAUGAGAAGUAAGGUUACGCUGCUAUUUCUCUUGGCUGCAUACGUUUCAGGAGGACUGGCAACAGGUCUUGCAUUCUUUCAGAUUGGUAACAAUGGAGAGAAACCCUUGGCACAUUUCAAUUUUAUGGCCACCACACUAGUUACUGCAAGCUAUGGCCAGAUUCUUGCACCAACUAUGAUGUAUCCAUCUGAGGUCACCCUGGUGAAGCGUGAAUGUAAAAAUGGCUGGUAUUCUUUGAAUUCCUAUGUGUUUGCAGUGACAACUGCAAGACUGCCAUUCAUGCAUGGAGUGGCUGUUGUCUAUGUCUUCUUCUCAUAUUUCCUUGCUGGACAACCCUUGGAACUGGACAGAUUCCUGUGGUACACACUUCUGUUCUUAAUUGUAUCAGUUGUUUCAGAGAGUUAUGGAUUAUUUUUUGGCAGUAUAUUUCGUCCUCAGAUGGGUGCAAUUAUUGCUCCUGCCUUUGUUUCUCCCCUUCUAGUCCUUUGGCAGUACAAUAUGGGAGCCUACCAUACUACUCCACUCUUCAUGAGAAUAAUUAUGAGCACAAGCUUCUUCCGACUAGGAAUGAUUGCUAUGAUUUUGGCACUCAUGGAGGAUAGAAAGCAAAUGGACUGCCCAGAAAUUUUUUGCCCAUUCAGCUACCCAAAAUCUUUGCUUGGGUUGGUGGGAGCUGAUGGUCAGGAUAUGACAGUAAAUAUUGCUGGUUUGUUGGCUAUGAUUCUGGUAGUUCGAGUAAUGUGGUAUCUUGCACUGAGGAUAAGAUUGUCUUCUGAUUUGUACAGCACAUGUUGUAACUAUGUGUAUAAACUUAAGAAGCGAUAGAAAAUUGACUUGACUGUUCUUUUCAUGGCAGUUUAUAAUGAAAAGAUAUUUUACUCAAAAAUGAGAUAAGGCUAGAACAAACUUGGGGUCUGCAAACUCUGUGUUUGGUUUUAAUGUAAAGAGAUGUGACGAGGUGCAGAGCCAAUUUCUAUACUGCCAUGUAAAAAGGUGCUGUAUACUGGCUGUGAUAUGAUCUGUGAUAAAUACACUUAGUUGAUAUUGUGUUUUAGAGUGUUACAUUUGAACACUGUGAGAUUUGUAUUCUACAUUAUUUAAACAAAAUAUUGAAAUAAAUAGACACACUUUUUUUUUGGAUAUGACAUUAAUACUUCUUAGAUUGGUGCAGUUCCAAAAUUGGCCAAUAACUCAGAAUGGUACAUAGUAUCUGUGAUGUUUUUAGAUUUCUUUUGAAUUACUUAACAAAUGAUAGUAGUAAUUUUCUCUGGUGAUACAUAGUUAUCACAGCCCUGUUUCAUUGCCUCUGAAAUUACUUGAAAGAUGCAUCAGUUUCUCUGAAAUUGAAAACCUUUUGUACA